AUGUCAGGUCGCUGCCUCUUUGGCGGUUCCGACGGAAAGUACAUCCUCGGAUACCAUCCCCAUGGAAUCAUUUCCCACGGUGCAUGGGCGGCUUUCACCACGAAUGCAUUGGGCUUUAACGAAAAGUUCCCGGGCAUCACCAACACGCUCGUCACCUUGGAGUCUAACUUCAAGAUCCCCAUCUACCGUGAUUGGCUCCUGGCUAUGGGGCUGAGGUCCGUAUCUAAGGAGUCGAUUUGGAACACCCUGACCCGGGGUGGGCCCGAUAGCCAGGGAACCGGCCGAGCUGUGACUAUCGUUGUGGGCGGGGCGCGCGAGUCUCUAGAAGCCGAGCCUAGGACGCUGCGUCUAAUCUUGAAGUCGCGCAAGGGCUUCGUCAAGAUGGCUCUCAGGACCGGGGCCGAUCUCGUCCCCGUACUCGCCUUUGGCGAGAACGCCUUUUUUCAAGUUUACCCUACCGGCUCUCCACGGCCGGGGGUGCUCAACUACGAUAUUGGACUUAUGCCCUACCGUCGACCGGUCAACAUUGUCGUUGGCAAGCCUAUUCCCGUUGAGAAGGUGGCAACACCGGAGCAGGGAGAAAUCGACAGGCUGCACGAUCUGUACGUUGCCGAGCUUCAAAGAAUCUGGGACGCUUACAAAGACGAAUUCUCCAUGGACCGUGAAUCGGAACUCGAGAUAGUCGGCUGA